AGGCAGAGCUUAAAAAAAAGCUGGAAAUUUAUUACUCAAGAAUUUCGUUUCCCUGUCCUUAUUGUGAUUAUUUCACUACAAGCUCAAAAUACAAUAUUAUUCGCCAUAUAUUUAAGACUCAUACUAAAAAAAAGUGAAAAAAAUUUGCCCUUUUUGUCUAUUUGCCCUCCUUUGCCUUCAUUUGCCUCUUUUGCCUGGUGUUUGGGUUUAUUUGUCUUUUAUACCGGACCUCAAAUGUUUAUUAUACGAAUUUACAUUCAUUGUGUCAAUUGGAUAAUAUAGUUCAUAUAUUUGAAAUUUAACUGUGCUUAAAGAUGUUUACCAUUAAGACAAUCGUCUCUAGGGCACCACUACAUGCUAAUCGAGUCACAAUUGGGACAAAUGUGAUUGUUUUGUCUGCAUCAGCUGCUAGUAACAUUGCUGGCGUAUUUGACAAAUCCAAGAAUGAGACGCUUCUACAAGCUCAUCUGAAACAUCAACCCAAUCAGCCUAAUGUUUGCGAAAACCAAACCAGAAUGUUUGUUUCUGAAUUUCACUCAAAUGCCAACGAUGAUGAUACUAAAUGUGAUUGUGAAACUGAAAAGCAGAAACAAUUAUCCAACAUACCAGGAUUACCCUACACGUUGGAUCAUCACAGCUAUAAUAUCAUCAACGAAGAUAUUUAUAUAAAACAUAAGGUUGAGACGUACAAUCUUUUAACUUCUAACUUAACAAAAGAAAGUUUUUCUUCUGAUGAAGAAAAAUAUCAAACAAAAACAUCCAAAAUAAUUGAAAUAUUUUAUUCAUUGGACGAAAGCAAUAGACCAAAAGAAUUACGUGCUCAUGAUAUUGACUACAUGGUAAAAAUGAAAAGGCCUGCUUUAAUAAAAAAUUUCAUGAAAAAACUUGCAAGAACAGAGAGGAGCCGUGAAAAAAGCGAAGAAAUAAGGUCAGAAAUCAGGGAAGCCAUCAUGUCAAGACCCAAGGAUGGUUUUGGUGUAUGUUAUGAAGAAUCAGGAAAGCCUGCUUACAGAGUUCAUGGCGUUUCACCAAUCUGCAGCUGGGCUGCUUGUAAACGGAUUCGUCAACAUCUUUAUACUAAAAUAGCCCAAUCUAAGAUUUUAAAUGCUCAGAAAGUUGUCAUUGACUUUGAUUAUAACGACCAUAUGACGCUCAAAGAACACCUAACCAUUACUGCUCAAAUCAAAAUUUGCAUUGGAUCCUUAAGAAAAUCUCGUGAACCUGUUGAUCUGUAUUUCUGUAAUUUUGACCCAACUAGUCCUGUGGCUCGUCUAUUGGAAUUAGACUUUGGUUCACCUUCCUCUUAUCUAGUUGAAGCUACUUCCAAAUCUUACUUUGAUUUAUUUCCAAGGGAAAAAUUAGUCUAUUUAACUGCCGAUACCGACAAUGUCCUGCAAUAUGAUCCUGAUGAUAUUUAUAUUAUUGGUGGAAUGAUUGAUGCCCAAACAAAUGAGCCUGUUUCAGCGGCCAAAGCUGAGAAGGAAGGAUUGCGAACUGCUAAAUUACCUUUAAACGAGCAUGUAAGGAUAAGAAAUGAGUUCAAAUCUCUGAAAAUUAGCCAAGUUUUUGGAAUAAUCAGUCACCUGAGCUCGACUGAUGGUAAUAUGAAGGAAGCUUUAGAGCAAUAUAUUCCUUUACGAAUACAAUCAGAUGAAGAAGUCGAAAAUUUAUCUCGUAAACAUUCAAUUGAGGACGAAAGAGUAAGAAAUCAUCUUAAAGAAAAAUUUAGUCUAUCAGAAGAAGAAGUUGAAACUAUGAUGUUACUAGGUUUGUAUUAUCGUACCAGUCGUAAUGUGUAACAAUUGUAAUACCAUAAUUUUGUAGUUUUGUAAAAUUAACUUGAAAUGUUUUAUUUGAUUCACAGUUCUACUUGAAACUGGCAUUGAAAAUUGCUAAUAAUUAAUAUUGUAAAUUGUCAAAGUUAAAAGGUUAAAAAUUAUUA